CAAGUGCAAGAACCAUACCGCAGGGCCAGACUCUCCUAGCCGUUGUGGGCCUUUUGGAGAACCAGAAAAGCUCAACCAGGACAAGACAAAGCGAGCAGUAGCUCCACCAGGGCCAACAAGCCGUGCUGAGCUACUCUUUGGUGGUCUAGUGCUCGUUUAUGGUUCCCUCUGGAUGGUUUUCUUUAGCUAUUUGCCCGACUGUUCUGGCAGAAAUUUGCAUUUGCUGCCAGAUCUUUGCAACAUUUCGUCCCCACAUCGCGCCCCCACGGCUCAUCAUAUAAAUAUCGCCGUUGCGCUGAAUUUACCACCACCAACAUGUUUGACGAUAAAAAAGGAUUGGAAAUCGCCUUAGAAGAGGCCAGAAAAGGUACGUGGAGACCAUGGAGGUCAUAGUGUCUAGAUCCACGGUGCCAGUACUUCUGAAAAGCGAAAAGUCUGCCAUUAAUGCUGGAGCAGAGUGGCCAGGCGCGUGAGCCAGUACUAACCCCAGGAUAUCAAGAAGGUGGAGUGCCUAUCGGAGGAGCCUUGAUCAGCGAGGAUGGCACUAUCUUGGGCCGUGGCCACAACCAGCGGUUCCAGAAGAACUCGGCCAUUUUGCACGGUGAAAUGGACACCUUGGAGAACGCAGGCAGAUUGCCAGGAAAGGCCUACAAGAACUGCACCAUGUACACCACUUUGUCUCCUUGCAAUAUGUGCUCCGGUGCCUGUAUCAUGUACGGUGUCAAGAGAGUGGUGCUCGGAGAGAACGAGACUUUCCAGGGUGCCGAAGAGUUGUUGAGAUCUCAGGGCAUCGAGGUGGUCAACUUGAACAACGAAGAGUGCAAGGAGUUGAUGAGAAAGUUUAUCGCAGAGAGACCACAGGACUGGUACGAAGACAUCGGCGAGUAGGUAGUUAAUAGACAUAGGACAGUGCAACCAGUAGAGGGUAUAUCAGGUUUAGAAUCGGCUAGUAGAGGAAAAAGACAUCAGUAGGAGACUUCAGAUGAGAUU